AAUUCCAAAAGCAAAAAGUUUUGUUACAAUGAUGUUGGAAAGAUUUUUUAGCACCCUUUUUGUUGUAGUGAAAAAUUAACCUUCUGUAGCAUCGCCAAAAAUGAAUUGUGUGACGGCUAGUUAUCCAAAUGUUUUUGUCGGACUCGCGAAACAAUCCCGUGGAAAUCCCCUUAUUUCGAACCGAAGAAGGACGUUAUUUAGCAACCACAUUGGGGGACCCCCUCAUAAAAGGACUAACUGAAGUAGCGAAUAGUCGACCAACCGAUCCGAUUGCAUUUUUAGCAAAUUAUUUGAACGGUUUCUCGAAACAAAGAACGAUGAGUUCUAACACAACCGAUAUAGUUGAGGAUAGUCAGGUUGCGUCCCCCGUUAAAGCCGAACGAAAAGUGUCGUUAGUCGAUGCGAAUUCCGAUCAGGAUGAACCAGGAUCAUCAGAUGGUCCAGAACUGGCCUCGUCCAGUGAUGACAGAGACGAACAUGGACAAAGUCUAUUGCAUUUUGCGAGUGCUCGUUCGCAUGCUCGAAACGGUUUAAUUCAACUGAUCGAAGAAUCAAAAGUCAGCAUUACAUUCAGGGACGAACUGUAUCGUACGGCUAGAGAUGUUAGUCUGCAGGCCAGCCACCCAGAUAAUGCUCGCGAAAUCGAUCGUUAUAUUUUAGGAUUUGCUGCCCGAGGGGAAUUAGAUUUUUUUGAGAAUUUAGUAUUGGAAGGAUAUGAUCAUAUUGUCGAUAUUACGGACAAGGAUGGCAAUUCGAUAAUACAAAUUGCUGAAACCAGAGGUCAACAGCACAUUGUAAAUUUUCUGUCAUCGGUAAAGGAGUUUGAGGAGAAUCGGGAAAAGCUUCAUCGCGCUAUUCGUGAAGGCAAUAUGGACGAUGUUAUCGACAUUCUAUCGCAUACGGAUGGAGCCAAAUUGGCCAAAUCGAAAAAUUAUUUCGGACGAUGUGCCGCACAUGUGGCUGUGUUAAAGGAGAACGAAGAAAUAGUGGACUUGAUAUCCUCUAAAUGCAAACAAUCACUAAGAGUGGGCGAUAAUUUGGAACGGACACCACUUCACUAUGCAAUGGGACUCAGCAGCGUGGAGUCACUGAGUCGAAUCUUGAUAAAAAAUGGGGCGAAACGCGUUUUAAAGGAUUUGAAGGGUCGUCAACCGAGUUACUACUUUAUGAACAAGGCGGACAUUUUACGUUUGCAGGAGGAAGAAGAAGAGCAUGAGGAAGAGGAUGCAACAAAUGCAACACAACGAAUGCAAAAUCGUGGCAAUGCUAAUUAAUCUUUCUGCAGAGUUACGGAGGUCUCGGCUAUGUCAUCUUCUGUUAAACGACACUGACAAAAUCAAUGCACACUGGUGACGACAUCUUAAUAUAUUACGAAAAUGUUCGCAAAAUCAAGAAUUUUGCAUCCGUUUCCUUUCAUCACUUAGAUUAAAUGAAGGAUUAGAUUCGAUAAUUUAUACGGCUGAUGAGCCUAGGCUCUGUAUGAAAGGUUAAUCCGACAACUCGUAACAAACUAAUUGAAUUUUGCAUAUAAAACAAUAUCAGAAAUUUUUGUAAAGAAAUGUUUUUUUUAGCUAAAUCAAAAGUUAAUAGAACAACGUCUACAGUUAGAGGAUGAUUACAGGCAUUAUACACUACUAUAACAAAAUGUUACUGCAAAAUUACUAUAUCUCUCAAAUUAUCGUAUUAUACUAAAUGAAUGACUCAUUUACUAAUUUACUAAUUGUACUCAUUGAAAAGUCAAAUAAAUGUUUUUAAAAUUGCAAAUUGAA